GAAUUCGGAAUUGUAACGAAACUCUCGAAAUUAUCAGAAGGCUAAGAUGGAUCCCCACAGCGCGGACAACUGCAAGUGCCACAAGCAGACGCAGCCGGCCCAGCAGACACUUAGCGACAUGGACUUCGAUCGCGGCAUCUGGAAUGCUGCUAUCUACAACGAAGUGGAGCGCGUCAGGGAGUUCAUUAAGAAGGGCCAGUCCAUGGCUCGGGAUGACUGCGACUAUACGGCUCUGCACUAUGCAGCCCGCAAUGGCAAUGAGCCCAUCUGCAAGCUGCUCCUCGAAGAGGGCAAGGCAGAUGUGAAUGCUGUGACCAAGGCAGGAGCCACCUCCCUGCAUCGCGCCGCCAUGAUGGGCCACUUGGAGAUCGUCAAGCUGCUGGCCGAGCACAAGGCGAAUCUUCUGCUGCAGGACGAGUGCGGGCAGACUGCUUUGCACCGGGCAGCAAUGCGGGGCCACCUCGAGGUGUGCCGCUUUCUGCUGCAGAAGGAACCGACACUCAAGCUGGUCCAGGAUAAAAAGGAAAAAAUUGCAUUUGAGUACAUCACGGAGAACGCCAAUGACGACUUUAAGCUACUGCUGAAGCCCUGAAAGGGCUUGUGCUCGUCGUACCCCUAUCGUUCGGCAUAAAUGUAUUCUUCAUAGUUUAAGCACUAAAAUGUUUUCUUUUAAAACUUUAUUUUGUUUAUUAAGUCUGUUAACACGUUUUCUAUAAAAUUGCACCCGAUAUCGUUGUAAAAUCCUACUUUAAAAACUACAUACUUUUCAGUUUUCAUUGUGUGAGAGAUCGAUUGUAUAUGGAAAAGUAAUCUUAACGUUGGCUUAGUCAAAUAACCUAGUGGAUACAUCAUCUAAAUAGACUAGAAAACAUGCCUAGUAAACAUGAAAUGUGCAAGUAAAUUAGGCAAGGGAUAAAGAAGGAUGUACACACAGAAAGGGCUUUUAAAAGUUCGAACUUCGUGUGGAAAUUCUAUUAAAAUUUGAAGUACAUGCUAAACAAAAUUAAUAUCACAGAGUCGUGUGACGAAGGUGUUGCAGAAUUAGGGAAAAUAAUCUAAAGUCCUAACAUAUUUUACACAACCCUCCUACACACUCGACGCCAAUAUACAAAAACUAUAUGCUACGUACCAUAUAACCAUAAAUAUAAAACAUAUAUAAUCUGAAUAAAUUCCUAAAGCGCAA